AUGAAGUACAUCUUUUCCGAGGAGCAGCUGGUUAUCCCAGACGAUGUCAAAAUCCACAUCCGCUCAAGAAUCGUGACCGUUGAGGGACCUCGAGGAAAACUGACAAAGGAUCUGUCUCACAUCGCCGUCACCUUCUCCCUGCCCAAGAGCAGUAAGGGCCAACAACUCGUCCGCAUUGAGAUCCACCACGGGUCUCGAAAGAAUGUCGCAACUCUCCGAACCGUCAAGUCCAUCAUCCAGAACCUAGUCACCGGCGUCACCAAGGGCUAUAAGUACAAAAUGCGAUACGUCUAUGCCCAUUUCCCCAUCAACGUGAACAUCGAGAAGAACAAUGAGGGUCUCUUCCACCUGGAGAUCAGAAACUUUUUGGGCGAAAAGAUCGUUCGACACGUCGACAUCCCCGAGGGAGUCACCAUCGAGACAUCCAAAGGUGUCAAGGAUCAACUCGAACUCACCGGUAACAGCCUGGAAGCCGUCUCACAAUCCGCCGCCGAUAUCCAACAGAUCUGCAGAGUACGAAACAAGGAUAUUCGGAAGUUCUUGGACGGCUUGUACGUGAGCGAGAAGGGCAACAUCCUUGAGAAUUAG